GUGGUUCCAAGAAACAGUAGACUGAUAAGAAAACCUAACACUUACCUGGAUAUAUCCCACAUAGAAUGUAGCUGCGCCUUUUCAUCUCUCUCCACAUCCUCUUCCUACCACAAAUUCACGGCACUAUGGGAGAAGUCCAAAAGGGUUUGUUUUCAGUCAUUGAGAAGCUAAAAGGCACUACAGAGCAAGAGCUGCGGAUAGUCCUUCUCGGUCUCGAUAAUGCUGGGAAAACCACUUUGUUAAAACAACUCGCCUCCGAAGAUGUGAACACCAUCACUCCAACUCAGGGUUUUAACAUUAAAAGUGUGACCUGUGAUGGCAUGAAGCUGAAUGUGUGGGACAUUGGAGGACAGAGGAAGAUUCGACCAUUCUGGAAGAAGUACCUGGAGAACACAGAUUUAUUGAUUUAUGUGAUUGACAGUGCAGACAAAAAGAGAUUUGAGGAAACAGGGCUGGAGCUCUCAGAGCUCAUCGAUGAGGAAAACCUGAAGGGUGUGCCAUUGCUCAUCUUUGCCAAUAAACAGGACCUGGCCACAGCCUCUCCGGCCAGUGAGAUUGCUGAGGGCCUCAACUUGCACACGUACCGGGACAGAGAGUGGCAGAUUCAGGCCUGUUCUGCCGUAUCUGGUGAGGGUGUACAGGAUGGCAUGAACUGGAUCAGCAACAAUAUUAUAAAUAAGAAGAAAUGAAUCUGGUUAUUCCAAGUGUUAUUUUGUACAAUUGCUCUGAUUCUUCUGUUAAUGUAAACCACAUAUAAAAUAUUUACUUCAGGAAAACUCUUUUUUAAUCAUAUUAAUGAUAUUAAUGAUCUUUCUUCCUGUUUGUAAAUUGGCUGCCAAUUCCCUCUUUUUUCUCUUAUGCUCUUAUACAGAGAGUUUAUGUUGCUCUCUGACUAAACAAGCUUUCUUUAAAAACUGUAAAUCAUGCUUUUGCUGUCCAUUUUUUGAGAAAUAUGACAUACCAUGGCAUAAUUUCACACAAGCAGAUUGCAGUCUAAAUAAGGAUGAGGCAUCUGUGUAUCUAUCACAAAUAUAUAGUGUUCUUAAGCUGUUUUGAUAGUUGUCAUCCCAGAGAAUUAUCUCUAACAGAGCAAAUCUCUUGUACUUUGUGUAAGAUGAUUUUUUGUUGUUUUUUUUUUUGUGUUUGUUUGUUUUGUUUUGUUUGUUUUGUUUUGUUUUUUGUCUCAGUAUGACUGGAUUUAGUAGUUUCUAUGAAUAUUCUGUGUGGACAUCUUGUGUAUGAUUAUGAGAAUUAAA